UUUCCGGUUGGGCCGACGCGACCCGCGCACUGAGCCAGAUGCUCCGGCCGCUGCGCCUGUAGCGCGGUUUACUCAAAUGCACGGAAAGCCUAUUUUUGUAGACCCAACUCAGGGUCCCGCUGUUUGCAUAUGUAUCUAGUAACCAGUAAUAACAGUUUUACUUCUAGCAUGUCAACUCCGUGCUUUGAUGUGGCCUGUAACGAAUAACAAGUUUAACAACUUUUGGAGACCUGUGAAAGUAUUAAGUAUGAUGCCUUUGGGCUAAAAGACGUCGAACUGUGAAAAUGAUGCUGUAAAAAGCAAUCCUAAAUAAUGUUGAUAUUUGGAACCCAUGUCGAACUUCUCUGAAGAAAGGGCAACGAUGAUUGCAGCCGGGGAUCUGCAGGAAUUCGUUCCUUUUGGUCGAGACCACUGCAAGCACCACCCUAAUGCUCUGAACCUUCAGCUUCGUCAGCUGCAGCCAGCUUCUGAGUUAUGGUCUUCCGAUGGUGCAGCUGGCUUGGUGGGAUCUCUUCAGGAGGUUACGAUCCAUGAGAAACAGAAGGAAAGCUGGCAGUUAAGAAAAGGCGUGAGCGAGAUUGGAGAUGCAGCCGACUAUGAUGAAGAGCUCUAUGUGGCUGGGAACAUGGUUAUCUGGAGCAAAGGGAGUAAAAGCCAGGCCUUGGCAGUGUACAAAGCCUUCACAGUGGACAGCACUGUUCAGCAGGCAUUGUGGUGUGACUUCAUUAUAUCACAGGAUAAGUCCGAAAAGAUCUAUAAGAGCCAUGAACUAGAGAAAUGCAUAUGUAUAUUACAGAGCUCGUGUAUGAACAUGCACAGCAUAGACGGGAAGGAUUACAUAGCUUCCUUACCAUUUCAGGUGGCAAACGUGUGGGCCACUAAGUAUGGCUUGCUGUUUGAACGAAGCAGUUCUUCACAUGAGGUGCCUCCAAGUCUACCUAGAGAGCCUUUGCCUACCAUGUUCAGCAUGCUGCACCCUCUGGAUGAGAUAACUCCACUUGUUUGUAAAUCCGGAAGUCUUUUUGGCUCAUCGCGGGUGCAGUAUGUUGUAGAUCCAGCAGUGAAAAUUGUGUUUCUGAACAUUGACCCCUCCAUUGUAAUGACCUAUGAUGCUGUUCAGAAUGUGCAUUCUGUGUGGACUCUCAGGAGGGUAAAGCCAGAGGAAGAGACUGCUGUUUUAAAGUUCCCUGAGCAGGCAGGGACCCUGCAGAAUGCAGCCACUAGCAGCUCCCUGACAGCACAUCUCAGAAGCCUCUCCAAAGGCGAGUCCCCUGUUGCUUCGCCGUUCCAGAAUUACUCUUCCAUUCACAGCCAGAGCCGCUCAGCCUCCUCACCCAGCCUACACUCCCGGUCGCCUUCCAUUUCCAACAUGGCGGCUCUAAGUCGUGCUCACUCUCCUGCCUUAGGUGUGCACUCUUUCUCAGGGGUGCAAAGAUUCAACCUUUCAAGCCACAAUCAGUCACCAAAGAGACACAGUAUUUCCCACUCUCCGAGUGGCAGUUUCAACGAUUCAUUUUUGGCACCAGAAACAGAGCCAAUUGUUCCUGAGCUUUGCAUUGACCACUUGUGGACUGAGACACUUCCGAAUAUGAGAGAGAAAAAUUCUCAGGCCUCCAAGGUAUUUAUAACGACUGACCUGUGUGGACAGAAGUUCCUGUGCUUUUUAGUGGAGGCCCAGCUUCAGUUACGCUGUGUAAAGUUUCAAGAGAGUAAUGACAAGACUCAGCUUAUCUUUGGCUCUGUCACCAACAUACAUGCAAAAGACGCAGCCCCAGUGGAGAAGAUAGACACCAUGUUGGUACUCGAAGGCAAUGGGAAUCUGGUGCUGUACACAGGAGUGGUUCGGGUGGGGAAAGUGUUUAUUCCUGGACUUCCAGCUCCUUCCCUGACAAUGUCCAACAUGAUGCCUCGGCCCAGUACCCCACUCGAUGGUGUUAGCACUCCGAAGCCUCUUAGCAAAUUACUUGGAUCAAUGGAUGAGGUGGUUCUUCUGUCUCCAGUUCCAGAAUUGAGGGAUUCUUCAAAACUUAACGAUUCUCUCUACAAUGAGGAUUGUACAUUCCAGCAGCUUGGAACUUACAUUCAUUCAGUGCGAGACCCUGUUCAUAACAGAGUCACUCUAGAACUGAGCAACGGCUCCAUGGUUAGGAUCACUAUCCCUGAAGUGGCCACCUCGGAAUUAGUGCAAACGUGUCUGCAAGCAAUUAAGUUCAUCCUGCCGAAAGAAGUAGCAGUUCAGGUGCUCGUCAAGUGGUACAAUGUGCACAGUGCUCCGGGAGGACCCAGUUGUCACUCAGAGUGGAGUUUAUUUGUGAUUUGUCUCUUGAACAUGAUGGGUUAUAACACAGACCGCUUAGCAUGGACGCGAAGUUUCGACUUUGAAGGAUCACUUUCCCCAGUCAUUGCACCCAAAAAAGCGAGGCCCUCUGAUACUGGGUCUGACGAUGACUGGGAGUACUUACUGAAUUCAGAGUACCAUCAUAAUGUUGAGUCUCAUCUUUUGAACAAAUCUCUAUGUUUGAAUGCUUUGGAAGUUACAAAGACAAAAGAUGAAGAUUUUCCACAAAACCUCAGUCUGGAUUCUUCUACUCUUCUCUUUGCUCACAUUCCUGCAAUUUUUUUUGUUCUUCACCUGGUUUAUGAAGAGCUUAAGUUAAAUACUCUAAUGGGAGAAGGAAUUUGUUCUCUAAUUGACCUCCUUGUUCAGUUGGCAAGGGACUUAAAAUUGGAGCCUUACUUGGACCAUUACUACAGAGAUUACCCAACUCUUGUCAAAACUACUGGACAAGUGUGUACCAUUGACCAAGGUCAGAUGGGAUUUAUGCAUCAUCCCUCAUUUUUUACUUCCGAGCCACCAAGUAUUUAUCAGUGGGUGAGUUCGUGCCUGAAGGGCGAAGGAACGCCACCCUAUCCCUACCUCCCUGGGAUCUGCGAGAGGAGCAGGCUGGUGGUCUUGAGUAUUGCCCUCUACACCCUUGGUGAUGAGAGUUGUGUUUCUGAUGAAACCUCCCAGUAUUUAUCCAAAGUAACCUUAACUCCCCAAAAGCCACAAGCAGAACAAGAAGAAAACAGGUUUACUUUCCGGCAGUCUGCUUCUGUGUCUGUUCUGGCUGAGAGACUGGUUGUCUGGAUGGCCAGUGUAGGAUUCACUUUAAGAGAUCUGGAGACUCUUCCCUUUGGGAUUGCUCUUCCCAUCAGAGAUGCAAUCUACCACUGUCGGGAGCAGCCUGAUUCAGAUUGGUCAGAAGCCGUCUGUCUCCUGAUUGGACGUCAGGACCUUUCCAAGCAGGCUUGCGAAGGAAAUUUACCCAGAGGCAAAUCUGUGCUCUCAUCAGAUGUGGCUUCAGGAGCUGAGGCUGAGGAGGAAGACGAUGGCAUGAAUGACUUGAACCAUGAGGUUAUGUCAUUAAUAUGGAGUGAAGAUUUACGGGUGCAGGAUGUGCGAAGGCUACUUCAAAGUGCACAGCCUGUCCGUGUCAAUGUGGUACAGUACCCAGAACUCAGUGACCAUGAGUUCAUUGAGGAAAAAGAAAACAGGCUGCUCCAGUUGUGUCAGCGAACUAUGGCCCUUCCAGUAGGACGAGGGAUGUUUACCUUGUUCUCAUACCAUCCUGUUCCAACAGAGCCGUUGCCCAUUCCUAAAUUGAAUCUGACAGGGCGAGCCCCUCCGAGAAACACAACUGUAGAUCUUAAUAGUGGGAACAUCGAUGUGCCUCCCAAUAUGGCAAGUUGGGCCAGCUUUCAUAAUGGUGUGGCUGCUGGCCUGAAGAUAGCCCCUGCCUCCCAGAUAGACUCAGCUUGGAUUGUUUACAACAAGCCAAAGCAUGCUGAGUUAGCCAAUGAGUACGCAGGCUUUCUCAUGGCCCUAGGUCUGAAUGGGCACCUUACCAAGCUGGCUACUCUCAAUAUCCAUGACUACUUGACCAAGGGCCAUGAAAUGACAAGCAUUGGAUUGCUACUUGGUGUUUCUGCUGCAAAACUUGGCACCAUGGACAUGUCAAUUACCCGGCUUCUUAGCAUUCACGUUCCUGCUCUCUUACCCCCGACAUCCACAGAGCUUGAUGUGCCUCACAAUGUCCAAGUGGCGGCUGUGGUUGGCAUUGGCCUUGUUUAUCAAGGCACAGCUCACAGACAUACUGCAGAAGUCCUGUUGGCUGAAAUAGGGCGGCCCCCUGGUCCAGAAAUGGAAUAUUGCACUGACAGAGAAUCCUACUCCUUAGCUGCUGGCCUGGCCCUGGGCAUGGUUUGCUUGGGGCAUGGCAGCAAUUUGAUUGGCAUGUCUGACCUCAAUGUGCCUGAGCAGCUGUAUCAGUACAUGGUCGGAGGUCACAGGCGUUUUCAAACUGGAAUGCACAGGGAGAAACAUAAGUCUCCAAGUUACCAGAUCAAAGAAGGAGAUACCAUAAACGUGGACGUGACUUGUCCAGGCGCUACUCUGGCUCUGGCUAUGAUCUACUUGAAAACCAAUAACAGAUCUAUUGCUGAUUGGCUGCGAGCUCCUGAUACCAUGUAUUUGCUCGACUUUGUGAAACCAGAGUUCCUCUUGCUUAGGACACUUGCUCGGUGCCUGAUCCUGUGGGAUGACAUUUUACCGAAUUCCAAGUGGGUUGACAGCAAUGUUCCUCAGAUUAUAAGAGAAAAUAGUAUCUCUCUGAGUGAGAUUGAAUUGCCUUGUUCAGAGGACUUGAAUUUGGAAACCUUGUCGCAAGCACACGUCUACAUCAUCGCAGGAGCCUGCUUGUCUCUGGGUUUUCGAUUUGCUGGCUCAGAGAACUUAUCAGCAUUUAACUGUCUGCAUAAAUUUGCAAAAGAUUUUAUGAAUUAUUUAUCUGCACCCAAUGCUUCUGUAACAGGGCCCUACAACCUCGAAACCUGCCUGAGUGUUGUCCUGCUGUCUCUUGCCAUGGUGAUGGCUGGCUCUGGGAACCUGAAGGUGUUGCAGCUCUGCCGCUUCCUGCAUAUGAAGACGGGCGGAGAGAUGAACUAUGGCUUCCACUUGGCCCACCACAUGGCCCUGGGCCUUCUCUUUUUGGGAGGAGGAAGGUACUCUUUGAGCACAUCCAACUCAUCCAUUGCUGCCCUUCUCUGUGCCCUUUACCCACAUUUCCCAGCCCACAGCACUGACAACCGGUAUCAUCUCCAGGCCCUUCGGCACCUCUACGUGCUGGCUGCAGAACCAAGGCUCCUGGUGCCUGUGGAUGUGGAUACAAACACACCCUGCUAUGCCCUUAUAGAAGUUACUUACAAGGGCACUCAGUGGUAUGAACAGACCAAAGAAGAACUGAUGGCUCCAACCCUGCUUCCAGAACUCCAUCUUCUAAAGCAGAUGAAGGUUAAAGGGCCAAGAUACUGGGAACUGCUCAUAGAUUUAAGCAAGGGAGAGCAGCACUUGAGGUCCAUUCUUUCCAAGGAUGGAGUUUUAUAUGUAAAGCUCAGGGCAGGCCAGCUCUCCUACAAAGAAGACCCAAUGGGGUGGCAGAGUCUGUUGGCACAGACUGUGGCUAACAGGAACUCAGAGGCCCGGGCUUUCAAGCCAGAAACAAUUUCAUCAUUCACUUCUGAUCCAGCACUUCUGUCAUUUGCUGAAUAUUUCUGCAAGCCGACUGUGAGCAUGGGCCAAAAACAGGAGAUUCUGGACCUCUUUUCUUCCAUACUUUAUGAGUGUGUUGCUCAGGAAACUCCAGAGAUGUUGCCUGCCUACAUAGCAAUGGAUCAGGCUUUAAGAAGUCUUAAAAAGAGAGACAUGUCGAACACAUCUGAUCUUUGGCAGAUAAAGUUGAUAUUAGAGUUUUUCAGUUCACGAAGCCACCAGGAAAGGCAGCAGACCUAUCCUAAGCGAGGGCUCUUCAUAAACUCGGAGUUCCUACCUGUGGUGAAGUGCACUGUUGAUUCCACCCUGGACCAGUGGCUACAAGCUGGAGGCGAUGUGUGUGUGCAUGCCUACCUUAGUGGGCAGCCUGUUGAGAAGUCUCAGCUAAACAUGCUGGCCUGCUUCCUGGUCUACCACUCUGUGCCAGCACCGCGACACUUGCCACCCCUGGGACUGGAAGGGAGCACAAGCUUUGCUGAACUCCUCUUCAGGUUCAGACACCUAAAAAUGCCAGUCCGCGCUUUGCUGAGACUGGCUCCUGUGCUGCUCGGGAAUCCACAGCCGAUGGUUAUGUGACCGACCACCUCCGGCGGUAAACCUACCCCCAAAAACCACUGCGGCGCAGAAUCCUGAUGGCAGCAAAGUUACGGCAGCAUUUCUGUUUUGUGACCAACGGAGCUCAGAUGCAUACGCCUCACUGUGUUUAAAACCCAUGUUGAAAAUAUUACAGAUAACGCUGGUGCUGUCCAUAUGUCAUAUGAUGUAUAAAAAGUCAGUUAAAACUCACUUUUAUAAAUAAAGAUUUUUGGUUUGUUUUCGAAGCUAUUGAUGAUUGCUUUGGACUUCAGAGAAUAAAUGGACAGGCUGAGUUUUGAAGCCUUUGAACUUUAGUGGUUCUGUACUCAGAAAAAGCCACAUCGCGAGAGUGGACUUUCUGCUACCCCAGGAGAGUUUCUGUGUUGUCUGUUACGUGCUUCCCAUGGUGGAUGAUGUCUUUACUGCGAGCAGAUUUCUACUUAAUGAAGACUUGCUCAGCAUGGAGUACUGGACCAUGCCCAAGCCCUGCCUUUGUACAGCUAUGUAGGCUGCAGCUCUUUGGAGAUAACCAAGGUUAAAGGAUAAUUAAGGGUGAGUCCCUGUUUUGUAGACUUGAUGGCCUGUUCAGAAGAGGAAGAGAUGUCUUCUCUCUGCACCUUGUGAGAACUCAUAGCACAGCUGCUCACAAGCCAAGAAGAUUCCUUUGUGAGGAACCAGUCAGAAGGUCUUGGACUUCUGCACCUACGAGUAUAAGAAAUAAAUUCCUGAUGCUUAAGCCAUCCUAUCUUGUCUGUGGUACUUGGUUUUGCAGCCUGUGCAGACUAGUGCACGACACCUGCUCAAAAUACCUAAAUACAAAGUUACCCCACAGAGGAGUGUUAAAAUAUUUUUAAAGGCAGAAGUCAGUCUAUCUGGAAAGUGCUUUUGUACAGGUUAGCUCAUGAUGGCCAUGUGACAGGAAGAGUGUUCCUACUGUGCUCACAGCUUCUCAGACAAGUGGGACUGUGAACAAGGAGGAACAGCAAACUGCACACUCACUGGUUUCCUGCUUGUUUCUGAAAAAGCCAAUAGAAAUUGCUCCGCUGGGAUUUGGUAAUGUCCGUCUGCUCGUCUGCCUGCAGCAAGGUAAUUUGUGGCUGACUUUUAGGGCAAAAUGUGUUUUCCUUCCCUCUUAGAUUAAGGAUUGCACUUAAGUGGCAAGGGGUGAUGAACGUUCAGUUUGCAUCAACAUCGAACCCACCGUCCAAGUAAUUUUUCACUCUCAGUUGUUAUGGUGGCCAUGGGAGGACUUGAAAGAGAGCACUGACUACAGUGGAAGCAGCAUUGAUGGGCACCAAGAAGAGAUUCUAGUGCCCCUGAGUCAGCAUGUUAGCAUCAUCAGAUAAACUAGUAUAUUUACCAUCCUGUGGGAACCAGUCUUACCAAACACAGCAGCUGCCUCCUGGGAACCACAUCGAGGGGAGAGUCAGAGAAACACCUGGCAGUGAAGUAUUCUAAUAUCAGAAGUGGCACUUGUGACUUCAAGGGAAGGCUGACUACCCAGGAUUGCUUCACGUCUGAUGCGUGUGGAAUGGGGACUCAAGGUGUAGCCGCUUUGAGUGCAGGUACUGUCCAGCAGACAGACAAUUGAGCAUGUACUCAGAUUCUUCCCCCAAAGGGUACUGACGUCUGCUCCUCCCUCAAGGUCUGAUGUGGGAGCCAAGGCAAUGAGCUCAGAUGCCAGACUUGAGCUACACUGCUUCAUCGUAGUCCUCAACAUUCUGGGCUUUACCCAGUCUGCUACACCCAACCCUGCUCCAGUCUGCUGCUGCCUGUGUGGAUUCUGAGUCCAAGAGAAUCAGAAACAGCUCCUCAGUGUGAACUGAAAGGACUUAGCAUUGACAGAACUUGUGAACCGGCCGAAAAGCAGGCAAACAUCUUUGUAAUCACAGGGGUUUUUGUGCGUUUUCUUGAUGUUUCUCCCAUUGACUUAGUCUGUCACUAUUGAUCACAUUAUAUAGAGCAUCUUGUUCAAGUUUUGUUUUUUAGCUAAAAACACUUCUUUGGUAAACUUUUAAUACUGUAAUUUUUUUCCUCUAGAAUAUUUUCGAGUGUACUUUUAAGACUCUUUUUCCCUUGAAACAUAUCAGAAUUUUAAAACAGGAAUUUCAUAAUAAAUUUAGUAAGAUUUAUAAGCACCUGCCAGAUCUUAAUUCCUGUUCUUUUAUACUCCAAUGCUUAGCUGAGCUGUUAGCUUUUCUCUGUAGCUAAUGGAUGUCUCAAGUCUCUGCCUUGUGAGGCUGCAGACCAUGUGUUUUAAAAACUCAAGAUGUGGGGCUAGAGGCAUGGCUCAGUGGUUAAAAGCACUGACUGCUCUUCCAGAGAGAUCCUGAGUUCAAUUCCCAGCAACCACAUGGUGGCUCACAGCUAUCUGUAAUGGGAUCUGAUGCCCUCUUCUGGUGCGUCUGAAGAGAAUGGCAUACAUAAAAUCUUAAAAGAAUUCAAGACAUGUUGGGUCAUGAUGUCAUGGUCACCUUAUAGGUGGAGGGUAGGUACCUAAAACAAGGACAAAAGCCAGAAGCUAGUGUUGAUAAUUUCCUUCUGGUUGAAGGAGGAGGGGAGGCUCAAGACAUUAAGCUUCACAUGUCUUGGAAAGCUGAAGCCCAAGAGCCACAAAGUGCUUCCCCAAGGUUGUAGAAAUGGACAGGACAGAAGGGGACAGGUUGACUGUUAGCAGCAGAGCUCCCCAGAGGAGGCCUGGCUGCCUGGGAGGCGAUUCCCUGACUAGUCAAACAGCCUGCAAGUUGUGUAGAGUUGUUCUUGUUGAGGUGGGCUUUAGGUGAUACAGAUGCUUCUGAGUCAUUCCUGUUCUUGGAACACCACCAGCCCCUAUUCUUAUAAGUGACCCCAAUAAACUCAUUGAAUUGCUAA